AUGGGGUACGUGUUCACUGACACGUACCCCAUGGAGGACAUCAGUGAUGCCUUCUACAUGGUCAAGGGUAAGAACAUCACAGUUGGUGCUGAAGAUAUUCAGAUCGAUGGUGCCAACCCUUCGGCUGAGGAAGCUCCUGAAGAAGGUGGAGACGCCACGUCCACGUCUGGCGUUGACGUUGUGCUGUUCAUGAGACUACAGGAGACUGGCUUUGCUUCAGAGAAGGACUUCCUGCUCUACCUGAAGGGAUACCUCAAAUCUCUGAAGGAAAAGCUACAGGAGAGCAACCCCGAUGCUGUGGAGAAGCUCCCCGGCAUCCAGAAGCCUCUUCAGGACAUCCUUAAGAACUAUAAGGACCUUCAGUUUUUCACCGGCGAGAGCAUGAACCCCGACGGCAUGGUGGUGAUCAUGGACUACAAGGACUUCGAUGGCGAGGAGAGACCUGUGCUCUACUUCCCCAAAUAUGGACUUCAGGAGGAGAAGUUAUAAGCCAGCUCCACCUUAUGCUCUACCAUUAUAACUGCUGUCUUCUACAUCGAUGGAACCCAUAUACUGACCUGAGAAGACCAGCGAAUUCCUGCUUUUAUCUAAUUUAUUAAAUUGGUGAAUAAAAGCAAGCUAAC